AUGGAAGGAAUGCUAGGUAGUGAUCAGUCCCAGUCUGGCUCCAUGAGCGUGCAUGACCUAAUCACCUAUUUAGUCGGUAUGGGGUUUGAGAUGAAGGACUGCCAGCUAGCAAUUCAAAAUGGAAAACUUACAGUUGAUGAAGCAGUAGAAUGGUUAUUAAACAAAGACACCACCAUUCAACCAAUGUCCUCUGUUUAUAUCAGAAAACCAGCUACUACACCAGCUCCUGUUCUCAAACUUAAUACGGAGACCAAUCAGCCAUCAACAACAAGUCAGCCCUUUAGUCCGUCAACAGUGACAUCAUCAAAUAUGUCAUCAAUAAGGGAUCGAACUCAAGAGCAAGAGCGUUCGUUUAGAUUAAAAUUUGAAGAAAAAGAAAUGAAGAAAGCAAAAAAGGAAGCUAGGGUAGAGAAGUUCAGGAAAAAAAUGUUUAUGAUAUUUUUGUUAACUUUAACCAUUCUAUUGAAGGCUCACGAACAAGCUCUCAAUGAUAUCAAGGCCGAUCGUGAGAAACGUGAUUUGAUGUGGCCCAGCCAAUCUGAUCAAACAUCAUCUGAAGGAACAACUUCUAUUGGUCUAAAUGCUGUCAAUCGAGCUGCACAGACAGCCAAUCAAAUUCCACCAAGUAAAGUAUUUAAAGCCACGCCAGGUUUGAAUGCUGAUGAUGGCAACCAAUGCAAGAUGUGUAGAUUGCAGGUGAAAUUAUUGGAUGGGAGACGAAUCCUAAUAGAAACAAGCGUAAACUCAACAUUGUCAGAUGUGUGGUACAAGUUGGAGGUUGAACAUCAACUCAAUAGAGAAGGAUUGUCAUUGGCUCAAGCCUACCCACACGUUGAAUAUGAUUCGAGUCACGAUAAUGAAACGCUAUCCAAUUUGAAACUUGUCCCAUCCGCGAGUCUGAUCAUUAAAAAAAAUCAAACUAUCCAAGAAAAAACUUCCAGCAGCUCAUUUCUACCCACGAACUGUGAUCUGAACGUUGGAAGGUCAUUCCGAUCCGCGUUACCAACUCGCUUUAAUAAAUGGGGCACUGGUUACGUACUUCAAGCCUCUAAUGAGGCAGAUUAUAAACCAAAACCAGAAGAUGAACAGAAAGAAGAUGGCGGUAGAAACAGAAGUGAUGACGAAGACAAAGGUGCUAAAGGUUUCAGAAAUGAGAGGGAUAAUAAAGUUGAUGAUGCCAGUGAUGCUGACAGCAACAAAAUUGCAGACGAUAAUGAUAACGCAGAUGAUGACGUAUAUGAAGAUGAUGUUAACAAUGCAGAUGAUGAUAAUGAUGAUGAUGACACUGGUAGAGAAGUCGCUGAAAAUGCCGAUGGUGACUGGGUACGCGGGUUUCAGCCGGCUUUUGAUAGGGUCAAUAAUUAUGACGACGAUGAUAGAGUGGAAGAUUGGCAGGAGGAUGAAGAUGAUUACUGGAACCGACUCAGAUUUCAAGCUCCUCCUCCUCAAAGACCACCACCAGCCAAUUGGAAUCAACGUGUUCGUGCCAGAAAUUUGGAUAGGGAUUUUCAAGGUAGACGUAGAAUUCGAGGAAUCUUUGAUGAAGAUUUGAAUCAACGUUUUCAGGAAGAUGAAAGUCAUCACUUUUGGGGGGAGGGCCACAGUUUGGCUCGGCAGAUAUUUGGCAUGCCUGUCCUUGACCAUUUAAAUAAAGAUCCCAAACAACUUGCUGCCGAAGCGGCAAAAAGCAGACACAGUAGACCGCGUCGACCUUCUCAGCAGCGUCCAUCAGCCACAAACGGCAGUGCGUCAUCAUCUUCGUCGUCGUCAUCACCAUCACCACCGGCGCUGAAAGUUGUUCCGUUAUUAAAAAGUCAAUGCAUCCAGUACAUCACUAAGUCACUGAGCAAAUCAGUUUAUGCUCUACCAACCAGUUUAUCCUGCCUACCCUACGAUUCGGCUGAAUGCUUGCAUCUUCCGUAUUUAAAAUCACUUAAUCUGUCGUCCUGUGAUUUGUUCAACUUUGAAGGCCUGCAAUCCAUCAGUGGUCUCAAGUAUUUAAAAAGCCUCAACCUAAGUAACUGCUAUCAACUGUCAGACAAUAUCGUGCCUACAUUAAUUGCUCUGGAAAGUUUAGAGGAGUUAACACUAGAGAAUACAAGCAUGUCUGACUCUGGUAUCUCGGCCUACUGCCAAUCAAAACCGCCAAACGUCUUACUCUUGUCUCUUGCGGGCUGCCCAAUCACAGAUUCCUCUUUAACUUCAUUCAAAAAUAUUCCAAAGUUGAGGAAUUUGAACCUUAGAAGAUGUCAGAUAACUGGUACAAAGGGUAUCGAACAAAUACCAAACCUGGUAUCUUUGAACUUGAGUGGAACGAAAGUGACGGCAGAUGGCUUAGCAUCACUGGGAGGCAUGCAGUUCCUUAGAUCUCUCGAUCUAUCUGAGACCUCUGAAGUUUCUACUAAUAAGGCUCUCACCCUACUUUCCGAAAUGCCACUAGUGGCGUUAGAUUUGACGAAUUUCAUUUACAUUACCGACGAGUCGAUGUCGUCUAUUGCACUGAUGACAAGGUUGAAAAUUCUUUCGUUGAGAAACGUUAAGAUCACUGACAGAGGAAUCCUGCAGUUAAAAACUUUGACAUCUCUUCAGGAGCUUCACCUUGAUAGAACUGAGUUGACUGACGUUGGGUGCAGCAUAUUUCCACAUUUCACACAGCUGCAACAGUUAAGUCUUCCAAUAACAAGCAUUACAGACACUUUCAUAUCAUCGGGAUAUUUGGACGCGUGCCGUGAACUAACCAAACUCAACCUUAGCAAGACCUCAGUCACAAGUGCAGGUAUCCUGAGGUUACGACUGCCCAGUUUAAUUCUACUCAACAUUAAUGAAACUUACGCGAAACCUGAACUGAUUUCAAGUUUGCCCGACUGUCCCCUGCUGACCCAAGUCAUUUACAAGAAUUUGAAGGUCAACGGAAAUGAUUAUGAUGGGGAGAACUAA